CAGAACUAAUAUUUACUACAAUCAGAGACUGAAAUGGUAUGACUAGAGCUUUAAAUAAUUUAGCUCUGACAGCUUCAUCAUUUUCUGAGAACUUGGAACGGAAUUUGAACUCCGCUCUGCGCUAUCCUAGGUUAUAAUGCCAUCCUUGCCUAAUGAGGGAGAUAACCGUGGAAGUGCUCCUCUGACUUUGAGUUCAGAACUACCCUAUCAAAGCACAAUUAAAAGAAAAGUCAGAAAGAAGAAGAAUGGAGUCAUCACUGCAAAUGUUGCUGGCACAAAAUAUGAAAUUGUACGUGUAGUAAUACGAGAAAUGGGUUUUGUGAAAACACGUGAUGAAGAUGAAACAGCUAAUCUUAUAUGGAGUGAUUCUGCUGUGCAACAAGAAAAGAUUGCUGAACUUCGGAACUAUCAGAGAAUCAACCAUUUUCCAGGAAUGGGAGAGAUCUGCAGAAAGGAUUUUCUGGCAAGAAACAUGACUAAAAUGAUCAAGAGUCAGCCUCAGGAGUAUAGUUUUAUUCCUCGAACAUGGAUCUUCCCUGCAGAAUACACACAGUUUCAGAACUAUGUAAAAGAACUGAAGAAGAAACGUAGACAGAAAACUUUCAUAGUCAAACCAGCUAACGGUGCAAUGGGACAUGGGAUCUCUUUAAUAAGAAAUGGAGAAAAGUUACAGGCUCAGGAUCACUUGAUUGUUCAGGAAUAUCUUGACAAACCAUUUCUUAUGGAAGGCUACAAGUUUGAUUUACGUGUGUAUAUUCUUGUAACCUCCUGUGAUCCAUUAAAAGUAUUUUUAUAUCAUGAUGGACUGGUGAGAAUGGGCACGGAAAAGUAUCAUCCCCCCAGUGACUCAAAUUUG